AAGACGAAUGGUGAAGACAAGAAACGGACUACAUCGAGUAUUGCUAGAAUUUUCAAGAAAUUUAUGUACAUUGCUUAAAACUAAGAAAAUAUUACGAGAUUUAAUCAAAGGCGCGUUUAGCGUAGUUAAGUAAAGAAUUCAGAAUAACGAUAGUAAAAGGUUUCCAAGAAGAUGAUAGCUUCAACGGAAAGGGGUCAACGGGGUAUUAAUCGCGUUUUGGCCAAAUUGGAGCAUUCGAUUAACACGGGAAAUUAUUAUGAAGCUCAUCAAAUGUAUCGCACUUUAUACUUUCGUUAUAUAGCUCAACGCAAAUACUUUGAAUGCAUGGAUUUAUUGUACACCGGAGCACUUCGAUUAGUUAGGAAUGCACAAGAGCCCAGUGCUGCUGAUUUGGGUUUACUUAUUGUCGACACUCUAGAGAAAAGUGGUCAUCGAACAAAUAUUGAGUUAUGGAUAGAGCGUUUCAGUGAGUUAAUUGAAAAUUUAAGCUCAACAACUGUGGAAAGAGAAACGCUGAUUAAUCGUUGCAUUAAGUGGAGCGGCGAGGUGUCCGGUCAUAAUUUAGGUCAUCCAAGUUUGCAUAAAAGAAUAGCCAGGUUACUUUGGAGUGAAGGUAAUACGGAGCAAGCACGCCAUCAUGUUUUGCUUUGUCGUGAUGGAAAUAUGUGUGGUCGUUUUCUGGUCAAAAUUAGUGAAAAGAAAUCUUAUACUAGUGAAGUGGAUUUAAUUAUUGUACAGGCGGUGUUGCAGCAGCUUUGUCUUAAGGAUCGCAAAACAGCCGAAGAAACUUUUACUACAUACAUACGGCAACAUCCGGAUAUUAAACGCAAAGCGGCUCCUUAUAAAGAGAUUUUAUUGAAUUUCAUCUACUUCUUAUUUCUCUGCAUUGACAUUAAUCGAUCCGCAGCCUUUCGUUCGUUGUGCGAUUUGUAUAAACCAUCAUUGGACCGGGAUCCCUCAUUUCAGAAAUAUUUAGUAAAAAUUGGAGUUUUAUUUUUUGAUAUAAAUCCAUCACCAGCUAAUAGUGGGGCUAACAUGAUGGGAGGUAUGUUCGGUGAUUUAUUUUCAGGGCUCUUCCAAGGUUUCGACGAUGAUGACGAGAAUAAUGAAUUACUACAAGAGCGCAGACAUGGUGACGGUGACGGCUCUCAUAUAAGUCAUGAACUAGAUUAGCGUUUCGGAUAGCAAAGCUUAUUUGUAUUUUGUUGCUAAUUUUAUAUUCUCUAAUUUAUGUGCUAAGUUGACAAUUUUGAUUUGUUUAUUUUACUUGGAAAGAUGAAUUGAAAAGAUAAAUUAAAGAUAUAUAAAGCGCUAUGAAUCUUAAAAAGUAACUGGUUUAACGACUGAAGACGAAUAAUAU